CCCUCCCGAAAUCUCGCGAGGGUAGGUGAGCGGCCGUACUUUGCGGGCCACUAGCUCUGCCAGCUGCUGUAAUUGCCGCUGCGGGAGAAUUUGGAGCUGCUGUCGUCGGCGCUCCCGCCCUCCCCCACUGAGAAGGGCCACCGCCUCUUGUCUUGCUCUCGUGGUACACCUAUCGCCGGGAGCGACGGCAGCUACUGGCCCUGGACCCACCGCCGCCUCUUCAGACAGCCGCUCCGCUGUUCAUUCCCGCAGCCCGGCAGCGGAGGGCGGCCCCUUGCCCCUAGCCGGCUCCUCACUCCGGAUCGUCUGCGCCCUCCUCCUGGCCCGGACCCUUCUCCACACGGCCUCGCCGGGGUGGAGGACGAAGACGAGGAGACGAGAGUCACCCUCCCUCCAGGAGGCGCCGGCCCCCUCACCCGCGGGUGUGUCCUAUAAAUGGCGUCGGAAAGCGACACCGAAGAAUUCUUUGAUGCCCCUGAAGAUGUGCACCUAGGGGGCGGCUACCCUGGAGGGUCUCCAGGGAAGGUUGAGAUUUCAACAUUAAAGGAAACAGAGAGUACUGCAUUCAAAGUUGAAAAUGGGUCCCCCGUGCAAGAAUUGAAGCAAGAUGUUUCUAAAAAGAUUAUCGAAAGUAUUAUUGAGGAGAGUCAGAAAGUACUAGAGCUUGAAGAUGACACUUUGGAUUCCAAAGGAAAAGAACUCUCUGAUCAGAGUACUACUAGUCCUGUUGUGGCUGGAACAGAUCUUAGCAAUAUACCUGGACUGUUAGCCAUAGAUCAAGUACUGCAGGAAGAUUCCCAGGAGGCAGAGAGUCAGAGUGCAGGUGAAGAAACUGAAUUAGAAUUAAAAAAGUGUUUUCCUUCUGAUGACACCUGUGAAAAUCCAGUAGAUGAAGCUGCUACAUUAACUGAAAUAUGUCCAGCUGAGCAGCAUGAUGUGCCUGAAACUGAAACAGAAGUAUUGAACACAGAAGCAGUACAAGUUAAACAAAAUGAUGUUCUAGAACCUACGUCUUCGCACUCCUUAUCUGCUAAAGAUUUUGAUGCUGUGGAAGAAGCGGCUCCUGCUAAACCCCCACGACAGCUUACUCCAGAACCUGAUAUAGUAGCUAGUACAAAGAAGCCUGUUCCGGCACGCCCACCCCCUCCAACUAAUUUCCCACCUCCAAGACCCCCACCUCCAUCUCGACCUGCUCCACCACCAAGAAAAAAGAAAAGUGAACUGGAGUUUGAGGCUCUUAAAACAUCUGAUCUAGAUGUUCCCAAAGAAAAUACUCCAUCUGAUACUUUCCUAACUACUAACAUGGCUUCAGAGAGUACAGUCAAGGAUUCUCAGCCUUCUCUUGAUUUAGCAAGUGCUACCAGUGGAGAUAAAAUAGUUACCGCCCAGGAAAAUGGAAAAACACCUGAUGGACAGACAAUAGCAGGUGAAGUAAUGGGCCCUCAGAGACCCAGAUCCAACUCUGGGAGAGAGCUUACUGAUGAGGAAAUUUUGGCCAGUGUAAUGAUUAAGAAUCUGGAUACUGGAGAAGAAAUACCUCUGAGUCUUGCAGAAGAGAAGCUGCCAACAGGUAUCAAUCCUCUCACUCUACACAUCAUGAGAAGGACUAAGGAAUAUGUAAGUACUGAUGCUGCACAGUCUGAUGAUGAAGAGAAGUUACAGUCUCAGCCAACAGAUACUGAUGGUGGAAGAUUAAAACAAAAAACGACUCAGCUAAAGAAGUUCCUGGGAAAAUCAGUAAAGAGAGCAAAACACCUUGCUGAGGAAUAUGGUGAACGUGCUGUAAAUAAAGUUAAAAGUGUUAGAGAUGAAGUGUUUCAUACUGAUCAAGAUGAUCCUUCAUCAAGUGAUGAUGAAGGAAUGCCAUACACAAGACCAGUUAAAUUCAAAGCAGCACAUGGUUUCAAAGGACCUUAUGAUUUUGAUCAGAUCAAAGUGGUACAAGAUCUUAGUGGUGAACAUAUGGGAGCUGUUUGGACCAUGAAAUUUUCUCAUUGUGGCAGAUUACUUGCCUCAGCUGGACAAGACAAUGUAGUAAGAAUAUGGGCUUUAAAGAAUGCUUUUGACUAUUUCAACAAUAUGCGAAUGAAAUACAAUACUGAAGGACGUGUUUCCCCUUCACCUUCUCAGGAAAGUCUAAAUUCAUCAAAAUCUGAUACAGAUACAGGGGUAUGCAGUGGAGCUGACGAAGACCCUGAUGACAAAAAUGCACCAUUUCGACAACGGCCAUUUUGCAAAUAUAAAGGACAUACUGCUGAUCUCCUUGACCUUUCAUGGUCUAAGAAUUAUUUUCUACUUUCCUCUUCGAUGGAUAAAACAGUCAGAUUGUGGCACAUAUCCAGAAGAGAAUGCCUUUGCUGUUUUCAACAUAUAGAUUUUGUUACUGCCAUAGCUUUCCAUCCAAGAGAUGACAGGUAUUUUCUAAGUGGGUCAUUGGAUGGAAAACUGCGUCUUUGGAACAUACCUGACAAAAAGGUGGCUUUGUGGAAUGAAGUAGAUGGUCAAACAAAGUUGAUCACAGCUGCAAAUUUCUGUCAGAAUGGCAAAUAUGCAGUGAUUGGGACCUAUGAUGGCAGAUGCAUAUUCUAUGAUACAGAGCAUUUGAAAUACCACACACAAAUACAUGUCCGAUCUACCAGAGGGCGCAACAAGGUUGGAAGAAAAAUUACUGGCAUUGAGCCUUUACCUGGAGAAAAUAAGAUACUGGUAACUUCAAAUGACUCCAGAAUCAGACUGUAUGAUCUCAGAGACUUGUCACUGUCCAUGAAAUACAAGGGUUAUGUCAAUAGCAGCAGCCAGAUCAAAGCAAGUUUCAGUCAUGAUUUUAGUUACCUCGUUAGCGGCUCAGAAGAUAAGUAUGUUUAUAUCUGGAGUACUUAUCAUGACCUAAGCAAAUUUACUUCAGUCAGGAGAGAUCGUAAUGAUUUUUGGGAAGGUAUUAAAGCACAUAAUGCAGUUGUCACAUCAGCCAUCUUUGCUCCAAACCCAAGUUUGAUGUUAUCCUGGGAUGUACAAGCUGAAAAAUCAGAAGGAAAUGAUAAAGGUGAAGAUGCUGAAGUUUUAGAUACCAUACCCUCUGGUAUUUUGAAGACAGAUAACACAGAAGUUCUUCUUUCUGCUGACUUCACUGGAGCAAUCAAAGUGUUUAUUAACAAAAGGAAAAAUGUACCUUAAUUUGAAAUAGCACUUAAACAUAUCAGUAAGUUUCUAUAUGUAUCAGAACUGAAAAUAAUAUAGUAUUUCAGGCUAACAUCCUUUUUUUAAUUUUUAUCAGAAAGUUAUUCAAAUAUAAUAUAUUUUUUAAGAGGCAGUGUUAAUGAUCUAGUGAACCCUAGACUGAUAGACUAGAAAAGAAUGUGGCUAGAAUAACAUUGCCGUACAUUAGGCUUUAUGUUUUGUUAUGUUUGUGUUUUUGUUAUAUACUUGUGAACAUGCACAGGUUUAUGCAUGAAAAUAUAUUAAUAUAUUAAUCACAUGUGUGUGCCUUUUGGUUACAUGCACUAAAUCUAACAGAGUUAAAUUAUUUCAGUGGCUCUUUUGGCCUCUUUUUGGGGAGGGGGGAGUCUUGUUUUUAGCUUAAACAAUUUCUUUUGCACAAAAUUUCAUUUUUAAGAAAAGUGGUAUCUUUUGACUGAGUUAUUAUUUUGAAAAUGUUAUAUAGGUUUUCAAUAGGUCAACAACCAUGUAUAAAUGGUUUUUAUAAAUUUCUCAAUUUGGGGACAAGAUUUUUUUGUGUGUGGUCUAAAUCAUGGAUUUAAGAUUCUUUUCUUUGUAUGCAUAUAUAUAAUUUUUUGUUUGUUUUUGCCACACUGGAGCACAAUGUUUCUAUGUAAAGAAUUCUUUUCAUUCUUUAUCCAUGAGCACCGGGCUUUGCUCAGUUAAAAAAUAAUUAAGCCACAUUAAGGAGUGAGUCUUCUUUUUUACGAUAAUGUAAAAAUGAACUGUUUACAUUUUUUUAAAGCAUUGUAGUUUUAAAAAUUAAGCUGUUUUGUUUUGUGUUGUUGAAUUUGAAAGCCUUUGUAAAUAUUGAUAUAAUGUACCAAUGAAAUAACAUCUGGGGCAGUGGAACCCUGAUCAUGUUGUUGAUGGUAAGCAUAUGUUUCUGAAAAAUUAAAUAUGUAUUAUUAAAAGUUGGUUGCCAACACUU